UCGGGGCGGCGGGAGGAUGGAGAUGAAGAAGCGGUUGACGCUGGAGCUGCGCAACAAGAAGCCGGGCGAGGUGAAGGAGCUGGUUCUUGAUAACUGCCGUUCCGACGAUGGGAAGAUCGUUGGUCUCUCUUCAGAUUUUGAGAACCUGGAGUUCCUCAGCAUGAUCAACAUCAACUUGCUGUCCGUCUCCAAUCUCCCCAAACUCAACAAACUCCGGAAGCUGGAGCUGAGUGAUAACAGGAUUUCUGGUGGCCUUGAAGUUCUAGCAGAGAGAACUCCUAACCUGACACACUUGAAUCUAAGCGGCAACAAGAUCAAAGACAUCAACACCCUGGAGCCCUUGAAAAAGUUGCCAAACCUCCAUAGUCUGGACCUCUUCAACUGUGAGGUGACAAUGCUCAUCAACUACCGGGAGAGCGUGUUCACGCUUCUGCCCCAGCUCACCUACCUAGACGGAUUUGAUGCUGAUGACCAGGAAGCCCCUGACUCAGACCCUGAAGCAGAUGGGGAUGGACUGGAAGACGAGUAUGAGAAUGGGGAAGGCGAGGAAGAGGAUGAUGAUGAUGAGGAAGAUGAUUUGGAUGAAGAAGUCAUUGAUGAUGAAGAAGACGAAGACGAUGAUCUGGAAGGUGAAGAGGAGGAGGAUGGAGUAGAUGAUGAGGAGGAAGAUGAGGAGGAAGAUGGUGAGGAUGAUGAAGAAGAUGAAGCUGAUGAUGGUGAGUCGAAUCCUAACAAACGAGACCUUCCACGAGGGGAAAAGAGAAAACGAAAUCUAGAGGAUGAAGGAGAGGAAGAUCCAGAAGACGAAGAGGACGAUGAGGAUGACUGAUCCGAGCGAGCCAAUCAGUUUUACAGACUAUGACUGUGCUUGUCUUAACCUCCCCGUUGUGUCUAUGUGAGACUGUAAAUCCCCGUCUCCCACUCCUCCCCCCCUUUGUAUGGCUGCAGCGUCAACAAUAUAUUUUUUUAAGAUGUAGAAUA